AUGCCGCCGCCGCCGCCGCCGCUGCUGCUGCUGCUACUCGGGACUGCCACGAGCAGGUGCCUCCAUGAUGAGACCCAGACAUCUGUGAGCCUGCUCAGGCCCCCUUCCUCCCAGCCUCCUCCAGACUUCCGCCCUUCCUCCCUCUCUCCUCCUGGCUCCCGUGAUCCUCAACCUCUCCGAAUCCAAACCUACUAUUUAGGGGCUCCUACAUCAGAUGGAGCUUGGGAUCCUGAAGGGGAUGGGGCCAGGCAGAGACUGCGAGCCCUGGACGCAGUGCAAGAGGCCAGUCAACGCAUCCAGGGUGUGCUUGCAGUCGCUCCAGUGCAAGGACCUCUGCUUCUGAGUCGAAACCCAGAACAGUACUGCCUUGCUGUCUGGGGAGACCCAGGUACCCCAAACUACCACAGGUGCAGCCUCUUGAACCCAGGGUACAAAGGAGAGACUUGCCUGGGGGCAAAGAUUCCUGAUGCUCACCUCCAUGGUUACGCCUUGUGGCCGGAGCAGGGUCCCCCACACGUGGUGCAGCCCGAUGGGCCUGGGGUCCAAAACACUGAUUUUCUCUUGUAUGUGCGGGUUGCCCACACUUCCAAGUGCCACCAAGAGCCCUCUAUCAUAGCCUAUGCUGCCUACUGCCAGCUGGACCCAGAAGACAGGCCCGUUGCUGGUACCAUUGUCUACUGUGCUCACCACCUCACCAGCCCAAGCCUCAGCCACAGUGACAUCGUCACGGCUACACUACAUGAACUGCUCCAUGCCUUGGGCUUCUCUGGAAAGCUCUUCAAGAAAUGGCGAGACUGUCCUUUGGGUCUCAAUGUUACAGAGAACUGUUCCACGAGGCAACAAGUGACAAGGCGGGAUGAGUGGGGACAGCUGCUUCUCACCACCCCAGCUGUGAGCCACAGUCUGGCCAAACACUUGGGAGUGCCAGGGAUUUCUCCAGGUGUUCCCUUGGAAGAAGAGGGCCCUUUGUCCUCACACUGGGAGGCCAGACUACUCCAGGGCUCUAUAAUGGCUGCCACCUUUGAUGGUGCCCAGCGCACUCGACUUGACCCCAUCACUCUCGCUGCCUUCAAAGACUCAGGCUGGUACCAGGUCAACCACAGUGCUGCAGAGGAGCUAUUGUGGGGCCGAGGAGCUGGCCUGGAAUUUGGCCUAGUGACCACCUGUGGGACUGGCUCCUCAGACUUCUUCUGCACUGGCAGUGGUCUGGGCUGCCACUACCUGCACCUGGACAAGGGACGUUGCUCCUCGGACCCCAUGCUGGAAGGCUGCCAGAUGUACAAGCCCUUAGCCAACGGCAGUGAAUGCUGGAAGGAGGAAAAUGGAUUCCCAACUGGGGUGGAGAAUCCUCAUGGGGAGAUCUACCAUUCUGAGAGCCGCUGCUUCCUUGCCAACCUCACUUCACAACUGCUCCCUGAGGGCAAACGCAGGCAGCCCUCCCAGAUCCCCUACCCCAGGGAAGUGGCGCUUGCUGGCCGCUGCUACUUACAUCAGUGCAAAGAGAGGGGAGCAUACAACGUGCAGGUUCAGGGAUCACCUUGGGUCCCCUGCCUUCCAGGAAAGUCUAUUCAGAUACCUGGGUACCAUGGUCUUCUCUUCUGCCCCCGGGGUCGGCUGUGUCGCACUAACGGAAGUACCAAUGCUGUUACUUCCCCACCUGUGAGACUUUCUACCCAAGACCUGCUAUUCCAACUGUCUUUUGGAUUAGCGGGGCCCCCAGGCCACUCCCUGGGGAAGGAAGAGCGAGAACAGCUGGCUGAGACAGUACUGCAGGCUCUGGUGAGCAGAGGUGGCACUGGCAGGUGCCAUUUCCACAGCCCAUCAAUUACCACCAGCUUGGUGUUCACGGUGCACAUGUGGAAGCCCCCUGGCUGCCAAGGGCCUUCGGCUGAUGUGCUGCACAGAGACCUGACCCUGUCUCUCCAAAAGAAGCCUCUAGAAGUCUAUCAUGGAGGAACUAGCUUUACCACACAAUGCAGCAAGUUGCCGGUUACCUCAGAUCAUUACUUCUCCAUGACCCAUCUGUAUCUGUUCACGGGACUCUGCUCAACAUUGCUAAUUCUAGGGGGGGUACUAGGAACCAUGGCCUGGCAGAAAAGAGCUUCUCUUCAGGUGGGACCAUCUAGCCCUAGCCACCCACAAGAGCUCCACGGCACAAGGAGCCCAGCUGAAGAAAUAAGGGAAGUGGUUCCUGAAGCAUGA